AUGAUCCAUUCUAUUGCAAGAAAUUCAUUUUCAGCAAUCUAUUCAACAAUAAAAGAUGUUGUAGAUUAUUCAAGCACUACAAUAUAUGAUAUGUUUAUAUCUCAUCCCAUUACCUCCUUAACCUAUGAGAAAUUAUGUGAAAGACUAACAGGAUAAUAAUAACGAAUCUUAGAUGUAGGUGUAGGUACUGGAGUUCCUUUGAAUUAAGCUUUAAAUAGAUUCCCAUUAAAUUGUGAGAUAAUUGCCAUAGAUAUCAAUCAUAAUUAUUUAAGAAAGGCAAAUCACUUAUUUAAAGAUAAACCUUAAGUCAAAUUAUAUGAGUUAGAUUUCUACUAAAUGAACUCAGAAACCUUUGGAAAAUUUGAUACUAUUGUAUUCUCUUCCUCAUUUCUAUUACUUAAUUAACCAAAAGAAGCUCUUUAAUUAGCCAUUUCAUUACUUAAACCCGGUGGUAAAAUAUAUUUUAUGAUUACAUUAUCUGACUCACAUUUCGGUGAUACACUAAAGUAUAUUACAAGUAUUGAUUUGCAUUUGUAAUCUGAAAAUCAGUUUGAAUAGAUGAUAGAUUAAUCUUAGCUUAAAAUAAAUUACAAACAAAGAUUAUAAAAGGUGACAAACAUAGCCACUCUACUUUUUAAAGUAUUUAUUUAUGAAACUAAAAUAUGA